GAACGAGAGGGAGUGAGAGAGAGAGAGAGAGAGAAAGAGAGAGAUAUUAGACUGGUGGAAGGAUGCAAUGCAGGCUCCUGAAAAAUGAUGAAGAGCUCCACUGUACGUUCGGCUGUCAGGAAGUAAGGCUGAUUAUUUUAGCGUCGCUGGCAGGUAGCCUCUCCCGGGUAAUUGAGGAAAGAAGCCAUGCCGGUCCUCUCCGCAGGUGCAGGUCUGCACGAAACGCUAGCCCUCCUGACAUCACAGCUCCACCCUGAUGCCAACCACAGGGAGGACAUGGUCUUCCUGAAGGAGGUCUUCAGCGAGAAGAGCCUGGGCUACCUGAUGAAGAUCCAUGAAAAGCUGCGACAGUAUGAGCGACAGAGCCCAUCGCCCAUCCUGCACAGCGCCUCCUCUCUGGCGGAGGAUGUGGCAGAGGAGCUGCAGAACGGACCAAUGAGCAGCGAGGAGAAGGAACUUCUGCAACUGCUGACAUCACCUCAUGUAAAGGCUGUCUUCAGCGUGCACGACACAGUGGCUCAGAAGAACUUUGACCCCACCUUGCCUCCGCUGCCAGAUGACCUGGAGGAUGACCUGGAGGAGGAGUCUGUGAAGAUCGUGAGACUGGUGAAGAACAAGGAGCCCCUGGGGGCGACCAUCCGCCGGGACGAGGCCACGGGCGCUGUGAUCGUGGCCCGCAUCAUGAGGGGUGGGGCUGCCGACCGGAGCGGUCUGGUGCACGUGGGUGACGAACUCCGCGAAGUCAACGGCAUCUCCGUCGUCCACAAGAGACCGGACGAAAUCAGCCAGCUUUUGUCACAGUCUCAGGGUUCUAUUUCUCUCAAGAUCAUCCCAGCAAUCAAAGAAGAGGACAGCCUGAGGGAAAGCAAGGUGUACAUGAGAGCCCUGUUCGACUACGUGCCCACGGAGGACAAGGCCACGCCCUGCCAGGAGGCGGGGCUUCCUUUCGCCCGUGGCGACGUCCUGCAGGUGGUGAGUCAGGACGACCCCACCUGGUGGCAGGCCAAGAGGGUGGGGGACAGUAACCUGCGGGCGGGGCUGGUGCCCUCCAAACAGUUCCAGGAAAGACGGUUGGCCCACAGGAUGAAAAUGGGAACACUUCAACCUCCCAAGUCCCCCAAAAAACACUUUUAUGACCAAGGCUGUGACCAAGAGGACUGUGACUGUGAGGGCUUUAUCAGUGGACAGUACAUAGCUGGCCUCAGGAGAAGUUUCCGUCUGAGCCGAAAGGCCCGGCAGGGGUCCCCGGGUGACCCUCGACCCCAGGAGUCCGGCGAGCCGCAGUUCCGGACGUACGAGGAAGUGACGCACUACCAGCACAGGCCCAGCGAAAGGCCCCGCCUAGUGGUGCUGAUCGGCUCACUGGGCGCCCGGAUCAACGAGCUCAAGCGGAAGGUGAUCGCGGAGAACCCCCACCGCUACGGCGUGGCGGUACCACACACCACCAGGCCCAAGAAGAGCCAUGAGAAAGAAGGCGUGGAGUACCACUUCGUCUCCAAACAGGCAUUCGAUGCAGACGUACAGAACAACAAGUUCAUUGAGCAUGGAGAGUAUAAGGAGAACCAGUAUGGGACCAGCGUGGAGGCCAUCCGCUCUGUGCAGAGCAAGAAUAAGAUAUGCCUGGUGGACGUGCAUCCAGAGGCGUUGAAGACGCUGCGGACGGCGGAGUUCAAGCCCUACGUGAUCUUUGUGAGGCCGCGAAUCCCCGAAGCCCGACGGCACCGCAGUGGCGCCGCCUCGCCAGGAGGGGGCGAGCAAGGGCGGCUCACGGACGAAGAGAUGGAAGAGAUACGGCAGUCGGCGCUGCAAAUCGACCAAGAGUACGGUCACCUGGUGGACCGAGUCCUGGUGAAGGGGGAUACAGCCAGCGCGAGCGCGGAGCUGCAGUGCAUUCUGGGCCGUCUGGACCGGGAGGCCUUCUGGGUCCCCGUCGGCUGGGUGCGGACCUAGCGACGCGCCGGCAACGAACUCGGGGUCGCGCGCACAGGCUCCGCCCCCUCUGACCUCUGACCUCCCGCGAUCCACCCUCUCCCCGUGUCGGGCCCGCCCCCACAACGCGGUCAACCUGAAGGAAAGGACAGAAGAUAACCAACCCAGGCUGAGCCGUGCAGAGAGAGGGAGGGACGCGGUCCGCUGGGCCGUGGGGGAGACUGCUGUAGGGGUCGGGAACCCUCAGGGUGUGAGAACAGGUGAACAUGCUGGCGCAGAUCUGCACCUGUUUGUGUUCAUGUGAUCCAUGACUGGGCCUAUCAGACGGCAGGUCAGGUCAGCUCAACAGAUGUCAGUGUGAACUCUCACAGAUAUGUGUCACUGAAUGACUCUGUAAAUAGAUCAUUGAGUCUGAUGGAUGACUUUAACGCAUGGGGGCUAAAGCCAAUUAUUUUUGGAGCCCCACCUACAAAAGUGGUAUUACCACUUUAUGCUUAUUAAUUUAUGUAUUUAUUUUAUUAAUUUAUUUUGUGAAAUUAUGUCAAAUUUUGUUGCACCUCAAUAAUAUAUUUCCCAUAUCACAUUCUGUUGUCUAUGUUAUUUAACCCCAUCCUAAAUUAUUUUCAGAUAAAACUUGGAAAGCCAUAAUUCAUUGCCUGUAACACUAUGGGUGGGCUGAAUUUGUUUUUUUUCCACAUAAAUCCUUGUCUUUGAUUGGUCCAGACAUGCAUGUUACAGUUUUCUAGACCAAUCAGAGGUGAGUGCACCAGACCUGGGACAAAUAUUUCAAACAGGUUAAAACACCUUCCGGCAGAUUAUUAAACAUUUUAAGAAGAAACGGUGA